AUGUUUACGAAACGCAUUAGACAAGCUGUACAAGUACCGAAUCGUUUCUUUAGCAACAGCUCUAGUGUUCUUCAAACCAUUGGCAGAAUUAAAGGGGUCGAAGCUAACUCAAAGAAAUAUUUGCAACAAAAAUACGUGGUUAUUGAUCAUGAAUAUGAUUGUGUGGUAGUUGGGGCUGGUGGUGCCGGAUUGAGAGCUGCAUUUGGGUUGGCGGAGUCAGGAUUCAAGACAGCAUGUAUAUCAAAGUUGUUCCCCACCAGGUCACAUACAGUCGCUGCACAGGGAGGUAUUAACGCAGCACUAGGUAAUAUGCAUAAAGAUGAUUGGCAUUGGCAUUUCUACGAUACCGUGAAAGGAUCUGAUUGGCUAGGAGACCAGGAUGCCAUCCACUAUAUGACAAAAGAAGCACCAGAUUCUAUCUAUGAAUUGGAGCACUUUGGUGUUCCAUUUUCUAGAAAUGAUGAAGGCAGAAUCUACCAAAGAGCAUUUGGGGGCCAAACAAAAGAGUUUGGAAAAGGGGGACAGGCCUAUAGAACAUGUGCCGUAGCUGAUAGAACUGGCCACGCUUUGUUACAUUCAUUGUAUGGUCAAGCUUUGAGACAUGAUUGUCAUUUUUUUAUAGAGUUCUUUGCCAUGGAUUUGCUUAUGCAGGACGGUGAAUGUGUUGGUGUAAUAGCCUACAACCAGGAGGAUGGUACGAUACAUAGAUUCCGAUCUCAUAAAACUGUGAUUGCUACGGGUGGUUACGGUAGAGCAUAUUUUUCAUGUACUUCAGCACAUACAUGUACCGGUGACGGAUACGCCAUGGCGUCUAGAGCUGGAUUACCUUUACAAGAUUUAGAAUUCAUUCAAUUCCAUCCAUCUGGGAUAUAUGGUUCAGGUUGUCUUAUAACAGAGGGGGCAAGAGGUGAAGGUGGGUUUUUAGUGAAUUCGGAAGGAGAGAGGUUUAUGGAAAGAUACGCUCCAUCUGCCAAAGAUUUAGCAUGUAGAGACGUGGUUUCCCGUGCCAUUACAAUGGAGAUAAACGAAGGCAGAGGCGUCGGUACCGAGAAAGACCAUAUGUAUUUGCAAUUGAGUCAUCUUCCUGCAUCUGUUUUGAAACAAAGAUUACCAGGCAUUUCAGAAACUGCUCAUAUUUUUGCUGGCGUUGAUGUCACUAAGGAGCCAAUUCCCAUCUUGCCAACUGUUCACUACAAUAUGGGAGGUAUCCCCACCAACUGGCAGGGGGAAGUUUUAAAGAAAGAUCAUGAGGGCAAGGAUAAAGUUGUUCCUGGAUUGCUUGCUUGUGGUGAAGCUGCCUGUGCAUCUGUUCACGGUGCAAACAGAUUGGGUGCCAAUUCCUUGUUAGACUUGGUUGUUUUUGGAAGGGCUGUGUCUCAUACGAUAAGAGAUAACCUAACUCCUGGAACUUCUUUGCAUGCAUCACCAGCUGAUUUAGGUAAGACUUCCAUUGAAAACUUGCAUAGAUUGAGAACUGCAGACGGUACAAGGUCGACAGCCGAAAUUAGACUAGAUAUGCAAAAAACAAUGCAAAGAGGUUGUGCCGUGUUUAGAACAGAAGAAACAUUGGAGAAAUGCGUUAACCAUAUCAAUGACGUUGACAAAUCGUUUGCCGACGUUAGGACUACAGAUCGUUCAAUGAUUUGGAAUUCUGACUUGGUGGAAACAAUGGAACUACAGAACUUGUUAACAUGUGCCACACAAACAGCAGCAUCUGCAUUAGCAAGGAAAGAAUCAAGAGGAUCUCAUUCUCGUGAGGAUUAUCCUGACAGAGAUGAUGUGAACUGGUGGAAGCAUACUUUGUCUUACCAAAACAACGUUGGUUCUGAAGUAAAGUUGGAUUAUAGAGAUGUGAUAAAGACUACAUUGGAUACUACAGACUGCCAACCUAUACCACCAGCUGUUCGUAAAUACUAG